AUGAGUACUCAGGGGACGGGACCUUCUUCAACAUCAGGGAGGAGAAGCACUUCCAGCGUACGGCGAGGACCAACAGCUUCCAAGAAACCAAUCCAAUCAGAUAACGGAAAUGUCAAUGGGAACACCUCAAAACCCAAUUCACCUCCUUCUCAACCUCCUUCUUCUAAUGGGGAGAGAACAGUUAAGAAGCUUCGGUUAUCGAAAGCUCUUACUAUUCCUGAAGCUACCACUGUCUUUGAUGCUUGUCGAAGGAUGGCUGCUCGGCGUGUUGAUGCGGUUCUGUUGACUGAUUCAAGUGCUCUUUUAUCCGGGAUUGUUACCGAUAAAGAUAUAGCUACGAGAGUGAUUGCAGAAGGUUUGAGACCGGAUCAGACUUUGGUCUCUAAGGUUAUGACUAGGAAUCCUAUUUUCGUCACGUCUGAUUCUUUGGCUAUUGAGGCUCUUCAGAAGAUGGUUCAAGGGAAAUUCAGGCAUUUACCUGUUGUGGAGAACGGCGAAGUCAUUGCUUUGUUGGAUAUCACAAAGUGUCUAUACGAUGCCAUUUCGAGGAUGGAGAAAGCUGCAGAGCAAGGCAGUGCUUUAGCAGCUGCAGUGGAAGGUGUGGAGAAGCAAUGGGGAGCCGGAUAUUCUGCGCCGUAUGCUUUCAUUGAGACAUUGAGGGAUAGGAUGUUUAAGCCCGCAUUGUCAACGAUAAUCACUGAUAAUUCAAAAGUUGCGCUUGUGGCACCAUCAGAUCCUGUCUAUGUUGCUGCAAAAAGGAUGCGGGAUUUGCGGGUUAACUCUGUAAUCAUUUCCAUGGGAACCAAGAUCCAGGGAAUCUUGACUUCAAAGGACAUUCUGAUGCGAGUCGUGGCUCAAAAUUUGUCUCCUGAGUUGACUCUUGUCGAGAAGGUAAUGACACCGAAUCCUGAAUGUGUAUCGCUAGACACGACGAUUCUUGAUGCUUUGCAUAUAAUGCAUGAUGGGAAGUUUCUACAUCUCCCAAUUAUGGAUAAAGACGGAUCCGCCGUAGCUUGUGUUGAUGUUCUCCAGAUAACUCACGCAGCGAUUUCAAUGGUUGAGAACAGUUCUGGAGCUGUGAACGAUAUGGCAAACACGAUGAUGCAGAAAUUCUGGGAUUCAGCUCUUGCUUUAGAGCCACCUGAUGAUUCCGACACCCAGAGCGAAAUGUCGGCAAUGAUGCAUCAUUCAGAUAUUGGGAAGCUCGCUUCUUACCCAUCUCUAGGACUUGGGAAUUCGUUCUCCUUCAAAUUUGAAGAUCUUAAGGGCCGCGUACAUCGGUUUACUUCCGCAGCUGAAAACCUCGAAGAGCUGAUGGGUAUUGUGAUGCAAAGAAUUGGCAGCGACAACACCAACCCGGAACAACGGCCUCAGAUUAUAUAUGAAGAUGAUGAAGGUGAUAAGGUUUUGAUUACAUCGGAUAGCGAUUUGGUUGGUGCUGUCACUCUUGCUAGGUCUUCAGGACAAAAGGUUUUGAGGCUGCAUCUAGACCUUACCGAGACAACAAGGAGAUUGAGCUCGGAAACGGGUCAACUCAAGAAAUCGGAUUCGGUGGAACGAGGAGGAGGCGGAUUGGUUUCGUGGCGUGGCAGUGCUGUGGUUACAGGAGCUGUUGUUCUAACGAGCAUAGCUGUAGUUGUUUACUUGAAACGUUCAAACACCUGA